AUGGCCUGGAGCUUCCGUGGCAAAGUCCAGCUUGGAGGACUGCUGCUCUCUCUCCUUGGCUGGGUCUGCUCAUGCGUCAGCACCGCCCUGCCCCAGUGGAAGACUCUCAGUCUGGAGCUGAACGAGAUGGAGACCUGGAUCAUGGGGCUCUGGGAGGCCUGCGUGACUCAGGAGGAGAUCGCCACUGUGUGCAAGGCCUUUGAGUCCUUCCUGUCUCUGCCCCUGGAGCUCCAGGUAUCCCGCAUCCUCAUGGUAGCCUCCCACGUGCUGGGACUGCUGGGGCUUCUGCUCUCUGCCUGUGGGUUGGAAUGCUUCCAGUUUCACAAGAUGGGAUGGGUUUGCAAGAGGCAGCUUUGCCUUUUGGGAGGGACCUUGGAGGUAUCAGCUUCAGCCACCACCCUCUUUCCAGUCUCCUGGGUGGCCUACGGCACGAUCCGAGACUUCUGGGAUGACAGCGUGCCUGAGAUUGUGCCUCGGUGGGAGUUUGGAGAUGCCCUCUUCCUGGGCUGGGCUGCUGGGAUUUGCCUUGCUCUUGGUGGACUACUCCUCAUCUUCUCAGCCUGCCUGGGGAAAGGAGAUGUGCCUUCUCGCUGGCUGGCUGGGCCCACAGCCCCUCCACCCUGCGCUCCCAUGCAGGACUCAGAUGGUUCCUUCCACCUAACACCAAGACCUAGGAGCCUGGUCAUCUAG